AUGGUUACCAGCUGUUGUGCAUACGGAUGUACGAAUAGUAAUGUUAAAGAAGUAUGCAAGGCGAAGAAAAUAUCAUUUCAUUUGUUUCCGCAUUCGGAUGCAGAGUUAAAAAAAAAAUGGGAAGUCAACAUCAAGCGGGAGAACUUCACGCCAUCUUUAACCACGAGGAUAUGUUCCGAGCAUUUUGAAGAGUCUUGCUUUGAAUAUCAGCCGUUCACUGAAAAAAGACUGCUGAAGAAAGAUGCUGUGCCAACCCUUUUUUCAUUUAGCAAGCCGCCUAACAAAAAGAGGAAGAUAAAUAAAUUGUCAGAAGUUUCUGAUGCACAGAGUGGUUAUGAUCCUGGGGAAGGAACUUCUGCAGGGAAUAGAAGAACUACUUCUAUACCUCAUAGUCUUGACAAAGAAACUCAAACCGACAUUGGGUUUGAUUUAUUAAUAGAUGAACUUGCUGUUAAGCACAGAGAAAUUGAAGAGUUGCGGAGGCAAAGCAGCUCGUUUGAUCCCAAUAUGAUGUCAAGUUCUGAAGUCAAGGCUGUUACUGGCUUCAGCAAAAACACCUUCAUAAAAAUGUACAACUUCUUCAAUUUGGAGAAAGAUUUUUACAGCGGAAAAACUGCACCUGAUAAGCAGUUUUUGCUCUUCCUAUGCAGAUUGCGGACAGGUUUACCUUUGGACUUCAUUGCAUAUAUAUUUCAGAUGUCUCCUUCCACAGCCUCAAGAAUAUUCACUAAGGCUACUGAAGUCUUAUAUGCGAAAAUUCAAACUGUUAAUAUUUGGCCUUCUAGAGAACAAGUUGAUGAGUUUAUGCCAUUUGCAUUCAAAAAAAAAUACCCGAAAUGUAGACUGAUAAUUGACUGUACCGAAAUCAGAAUACAACAACCGUCAAAUCCAAAGGAGCAGCAAUUAACAUUUAGCACAUAUAAAAAUUACAACACUAUGAAAGCUUUGCUUGGGAUAUCACCAUCAGGUGGCAUAACCUACAUAUCAGAAUUAUGGACUGGUUCAAUAUCUGAUAAAGCCGCUUUUUUGGAAACAGAUAUUUUGCAACGGUUAGAAAGAGGAGAUGUAGUUCUUGCCGACAAAGGCUUUACCAUUGCUGCUGAACUUGAAAGCAUUGGUUGUGAGCUCAUAACACCCUUAUUUUUAAGGGAUAAAAUCCAAUUUGAUAUCCUAGAACGAGCCUAUAAUAAAGGGGUUUCCAAUCUACGAGUUCACGUAGAGCGUGCCAUUUCCAGAAUUAAGAACUUCAACUAUUUUGAUGCCAUUCCUUACAAUUCCCUACAUAAUUUAGAUGAACUUUUUCAUAUUGCUACAUUUUUGACAAAUUUUUAUGGACCCCUAAUUGUAUCAACAUCUCAAGAAGAAGAAAAUACUGAUGCUUAA